AUGGCUAUUGCCGAAAAUGAUCUCAAGUUCUCCGGGAAACUAGUGGAUAGCUUCAUAUGUAGGCAGCUGAUUACCUCAAAGCUGCAUGAGAAGUGGUUGGUUUUUGCGAGGACGCCUCUCCGGUUUUCGCUUCUGGAGUACCAUGUUGUGACAGGCCUCAAGAUUACACGGGAAACUAACAGUGACGUAGUGAAAUGGAAAAACGACGGGGGUUUUUGGAGUAACCUACUGCACACAGGUGGUAAGAUCACCUUGCAGUCGAUCAGAAAGGUUCAUCUACAAGAAUUUCACACCUGGACUCGGCUUGAUAGGAUGAGGUUGAUCUACUUGUGUGUAAUAGUGGGUGUGGUGAUGGGGAGAGAUGAGAAGGUGUCCAUCCCUCAUAUGUACAUCAAGUUGGUGAUGGAUUUUGACAAGGUUCGGAAGUUCCAUUGGGGUCUUCACUCGUAUGAUUUCCUGCUGAUUUCGAUUGAGAAGGCUAGGAAGAAGUUGGGUAAGAAGGAGAGCUACAUUUUCGAGGGUUUCUCCUAUGCUCUCCAGAUUUGGAUUAUGGAGGCAAUUCCUGAUUUUGGAGAAAUAUUAGGCAGAAGAGUCUCAGACAGCUUCAAAGUGACUGGUAAUGGUGAUGUGUUUCUAGAUGCUGACUAUACAAGGAAGGGUGAGAUUGAAGAUGAACGAGUGGACCUUGUUUUGGAGAGGAUCAGGAACAAGUAUGAUUGGAGCAGCACAGACUGGCCAGUUUUAGACCCUGAAGAAACUAAAAUGGAGGAACCCGACUGCCAUGAUAGAGGGUCAGAAGCUGAUAAGAGCGUGAAUCAUACGGAUGUUGUAGCAGACGAGGAAAGCUCUUCGGUUAAGGUUGCAGGAAAAGGCAAGAGAAAGUUUCUUGAUGAAGGAGCAGAGACAAGAAAGAAGAAGGUGCUGUGUAAGCGAUCAGCAGAAAAGUAUCUGACUUUUGGUCCUGAAACUAAUAGUUUCACUGAGGGUCUUAUCCGCACAUCUGUCACUUCAUUGGGAGAUGUGCUCAGUAUGCAAAUGGCGAAUAUGGAGAGGGUGUUUACAGAGAGGAUGGGGAAGAUGGAGAUUGAGGUUUCACAGCUCAGGGACGCAAUCAGUUUGACUGGUGAAGGAAGCUAUCCUAGCAAGAAAGAAGCUGAAGAAGCUCCACUAAACAUCAAAGCCAAGAAAGCUCCACCUAAGAGCAAAGGCGCUCAAGCUCCACCUAAGAGCAAAGGCGCUCAAGCCCCAUCUAAGCGCAAAGGCGAUCAACCUACUCCAACAAAAAAGGAUGGGAAAAAGAUUGCUACAAAAACUAAUGAUUUUGAUUUUGGAUUGAGUACACAAGACUUGCGGGACCUGUCCCAAGCUACAUUUGUUGAGGGUUUUGAUCUGUCUCAAGUGAAAGUUGAGACCUCAAGUAAAUCAAAACCGUUGAACAUGGCUCCACUGCAGUGGAAUGAUGAGCAAAUAGAUCGAACCAAAGAAGACUCGCCAGAUGCCGCGUUGGUGUUUUUCCGUGAAGAGGAUUGGGAAAAAGUUAGAACUUGGUCAACUUUCUCCACACGUCUACGGAUUGGACCUGCCACUUUAGAUUUUGAGAUUGCUAAUCGUCUUAUGGAUAAAUUUGAGUGGGUUAAUAGCUUGGAGAUUGACGCUGAAAUGUACGUAUUCCGGGAGAGACAUCUUUGA